AUGGCAAUUCCCAUCAUCCUCUACACGGCUCACCACUGUCCGUUUGCGCACCGGGUUCAAAUUGCGCUUCGACAAAUUGGGCUUGAAUUUGAGACCUGCCUCAUCGAUAUCACCGUUCCUCGCACGCGCGACUACCUCGCCAUCAACCCGAAUGGAAUGGUACCGGCACUUGUCUAUGGUGACCUUGUACUGACAGAGUCCAAUUUGAUUUGUCAGUUCCUGUCCGAUGCUUACCCCGGUCACCUUCUCAAAGCCAGCUCAGAAGCAGGUGGCGCAUUGCAACGUUUCAAGACGGGUUAUUUUGUCGAGGUAUACUUUGCCAAAGCGCAUUUAUUUUUCGACUCGACUGUCUUCUCGAAUGACCCCGACAUAAAGAAGGCUAUGGCAACCAAGUAUGUCGACGCUAUUGCUAGACAUGUCGAGCCAUUGCUUACUGAUGCGGCGCCCUUCUUCGGCGAGUCUGAGCGUCCGACUCUAGCAGAGGUGUUGCUUGGUCCUUUUCUUCUUCGUGUUCUAGCGCUACCCAAGCAUGAUCAUUUAGUGCCAGGCUCUUUACCGGACGCGCUUGAGCGAGAGGCGCCGAGAUUCUACGCCUGGGCACAGAUUGUGACAACAGUGAACUCGGUGACUGCGAUUUGGGACGAAGAUCUUGUAGUAAGACUUACUUUGGAGAGGAUCGCAAAGAUGAAGGCGGCGAAGUAA